AUGGCAGUCGAAUCAAAUGCUCCAUUGGUGGAUCCACACAUUGUAGGCAAUGUGUUUGUUCAGAAAUACUACAACCACUUGUAUGAAAAACCAGCUGAAGUGCACAAAUUCUAUCAUGAGGAUAGUGUUUUAGGCCGUCCUGGUUCCGAUGGAGAGAUGGUUUCUGUCAAAUCUUUAAAAGCUGUUGAUGAGCAGAUCAUGUCCUUUGAUUACGAAAACUCAAAGAUCCAGAUUUUGACUGCUGAUUCCCAAGCAUCUUACAAGAAUGGAGUUCUUACUCUAGUGACGGGUUUACUGACCGUAAAAGAUGGAGAAAGAAUGAGAUUUUCUCAAUCUUUUUUCCUUGUGCCGCAGAACGGAAGCUACUUUGUGCUGAACGAUGUUUUUAGAUAUGUCUCUGAUGAGUUUGUUGAGCCAGAAGCUAACAAGGAGGUUGAGGAGACUAUUCCUCAAGUAGUGCAAACAACAGUCGCUAUCUUGGAGCCGGCGAAUGAAGUUGCUGAGCCAAUUGUUAUCCCUACUCAACAACCUGUGGUGCAACAGGCAGCUGAAAUUGCGGUGAAAAAACCAGAAAGAGCUAUAGCAAAUGGACAUUCCAAAACCCGGGAGGAAAAUGUUGUGAAUGAUGCCAGUAACGGUGUGAACGCGCCGAAGACAUCAUAUGCAGUAAUUGUACAAUCAUUGGCUCAAAACGGUGCGACAUUCAAUGUCAAAGCUUCUCCAGCAAAACCAAAGCCUGUUACAAAGCCGAGAGCUGCUUCUGAAUCCAAAGCUCCUGCGCCAAUUCCUGAACCCUCUUCUGCUAAAACAGCCGACCAACCAGCUGAGGGUGGUUCUAUAUUUGUUGCAAACUUGCCUAUGGACGCCACACCCGAGCAACUCAAUGAAGCAUUCAAAGGUUUCGGAACUAUUAUUAAAGACGGUAUCCAAGUUAGAAGUUACAGGCUAAAGGGAAACUGUUUCGGGUUUGUGACAUACGAAACUGCUGAAGCUGUGAAAUUGGUCAUCAAGGCUCACAAAGAAUCAGCCAUCAGAAUCGGAAACCGAAGAGUUUCUAUUGAAGAAAAGCGAGGCAACAACGAUGGCAAAUCCUCAAUGCGAAACGGAGGUUAUAGGAGCGACGGGUUUAGGCCUCGAGGCAACGGUUUUAAUGGAGGAGGACGAGGCCAUGGAAGAAAUGAGAGACAAGGCGAAUCACGCAACGGUGAGGCUAAGAAUGGUAAUGGCAAAGUUUAUCAGAAUGGUACGGGAAAAGCUGAAUCUGGCCGUGAAAAUGCUUAA